CUUCCAUAUAUGCACAUUUUACACUCAUCCGUGAACAGUACAUUUGUCAAAUCGUCCACUGUCCAAUUCAUAUGUUCGCGAGCAAAAGUAAGUCUGCGUCUUUGGUAUACUGCCGUAAGCAGGGGUUCUGUAGCUGGACUGAAAGCUGUCAAACCACUUUCUCUUAAUCUUUGCCGAACAGUAGAAGUGCUGACUGCCGUUCCAUGAGCUUGCUGAAGACUGCUUUGGAGCAUUCUAGCAGUUUGGGUUUGGUCUCGUAAAGCAGCAAUGGAUACUCUUAUCCACAAAUAUGAAAUUCCUUCCAGUCAGGUUGAAAUACGGUCUACCUUGGUUACACCCGUUGUAGAAGUAUUGAACAAGAAUUUUCAAUGUCAGGACACGUUUGCAUAUUUAGCCGAUUGCCAAACCUACUCAAUUAUCGUUUACGAUCUAAAACGUGACACAUCUUGGAAAGUAAGUGACAAAACGAUGUACCCUCAUCCUGAUUAUGGAACCUAUACUAUUCAAGGAGAAUCCUUUGAACUUAUGGAUGGUAUAUUGGGUAUGAGUUUGUCUCCUGCUUCGGAUGCGCCUUUAAGAAAAUUGUUUUUCCACGCAAUGUCAAGUCCUGCUGAACAUUGGGUGUAUACACAUCAUCUUAGAAACCAAUCUUUAUUUACUGAUAGUACACCACCAGAAAUAUUUACUACUCUUAAAGGUAGAAGGCGCACUCAAGCACCAGCAGAAGCGAUGGACAGUAAUGGUAUAAUAUACUUUGGACUGGUUAGUGAUGUCCAAAUAGCUUGUUUCAAUACUAGGCUUGGCGACUACGGUAGUUACACAAGUUCUGAUGUUAUUGCAGACAAUCCAGUAACUUUACAGUUUGCUAGUGGAGUUAAGGUGAUAAGAAACAAAAAAGGCGAAGAAGAAUUGUGGAUUUUAACUUCGAGGUUUCAAAAAGUUGCAUCAGGUACUCUAAAUCAGAAUGAAAUCAAUUUUAGAAUACAAGCUGCUAAAGUAAAUGAUUUGAUUUAUGGAACGCAGUGCUCACCGGGACAUACUGUAUCAGUUUACCUUCCACAAUUUCUACAGACCGGAGGUUAUGGGCAUUACUUUACAUUGUAAUUAAAUUAAAUUAAUUUAUUUAAUAAAAUAUGG